UUUAUAUAUCUGAUACAGUCAUUGAUCCAGUUAUUGAUUCAGUUAUUGCCAUAGACCGUAUAAAAUGGUUAUUGAUUGAGUUAUUGGUUAUUGAUCAGCAACCGGAAGCAGAAACAGUCUCUCUGUCACAUGACAGCGUCUCCCUGAUAACAACAUGGCUGCCGAGGAUCUGCCGUCUGAGUUUGACGUCGUUAUUCUGGGGACAGGUCUUGCUGAGUCGGUGGUGGCAGCAGCCUUCUCCAGAGUCGGUCAGAGAGUUCUACACCUGGACAGGAGGAGUUACUAUGCAGCGAACUGGGCGAGCUUCACCUUCAACGCUCUGCUCACCUGGAUACAGGAGCACCAUGAGGAGUCUCAGCCGGAGGAGGCUCAGGAUUGGUCGAGCCUGUUGGAGGAGGGGGAGGAGCUGAUUCACCUGUCGAGCUCAGACUCCGCCUCCAUCACUAACCUGCAGGUGUUCUGCUUCACCAGUGAGGAAGAUGAGGAGGAGGAAGCUCCGAGUCCUGACGCUCCAAACACCACAGAAGAAGACAGAGGAGGAGCUGAUGACGAUGCUGUCAAAGAAACAUCAGAGACAGAAUCUGCAGAUUCAAAAGAAGAAGAAACGCAGCAGAAACCAGAAGAACCAGCAGCCGGAGAAGAAGAAGAAAAACCGGCCUCCCAGGCGGAGGGGGCGGAGCCAGAGGCGGACCAAUCGGAACCCGCUGCUGCUCAGAGCCAAUCAGAGCCCGUGAAGAAGAAGAUCAGCUACGCCCAGCUGGUGAAGGAGGGGCGCCGGUUCAACAUCGACCUGGUCUCCAAGCUCAUGUAUUCUCGCGGCUCAUUGGUCGAUCUGCUCAUCAAAUCAAACGUCAGUCGCUAUGCAGAGUUCAAGAACGUCACCAGGAUCCUGACCUACCGCCACGGACAGGUGGAGCAGGUGCCGUGCAGCAGGGCUGAUGUGUUUGCGAGCCGUCAGCUGUCUGUGGUAGAAAAGAGGAAGUUGAUGCGUUUCCUGACUUCCUGUGUGGAGGAGACGGAGGAGCAGCGAGCCUACAACGGUCGGCCUUAUUUGGAGUUCCUGACUGCCCAGCAGCUUGGUGACAACCUGCAGCACUUCCUGCUUCACUCUAUCGCCAUGGUAACAGAAGACACGCCCACAGAGGACGCCCUCGCUGCCACGCGUCACUUCCUGCGCUGCCUCGGUCGCUACGGCAACACGCCAUUCCUGUUUCCUGUCUACGGCCUCGGAGAGAUACCCCAGUGUUUCUGUAGGAUGUGUGCUGUGUUCGGAGGAAUCUACUGUCUGAGACACUCAGUAAACUGUCUGCUGGUGGACAAAGACACCAACAGGUGUAAAGCGGUGAUUGACAGCCGAGGACAGCGAAUCAGCUGUAGCCAUUUUGUGGUGGAAGAAGGCUUCGUGGGGGCGGAGCGGAAGAGGGUGGCCACGCCCACCAGGUUUCUGUCCAGAGCGAUUCUGAUCACUGACGGCUCUGUUCUGCCCGGCGACUCGGACCAACAGGUCUCCAUGGUAACGGUUCCUCCAAUAGCAGCGGGGCGUCCGGCGGUGAAAAUGGUGGAGCUCUGCCCGUCCACCAUGACCUGCAUGCCCGGAACAUAUUUGGUCCAUCUCACCUGUCAGUCAGUUGGCUCCGCCUACGAGGACCUGUCGCCGGUGGUUACCAAGAUGUUCCGCACGCCAGAGUCACAUGACCUAGAGAGCUGCCCGUCUGUCCUCUGGUGUAUGUUCUUCAACAUGGUCGACGGUUCGGGGCUGCAGGACGAAGGCCACGACCUCCCGUCUAACGUGUUCCUGUGUUCUGGUCCAGACGGCAGUCUGGGACACGACCACGCCGUCAGACAGGCGGAGACGAUCUUCCAGAAGAUUCUUCCUGAGGAGGAGUUCUGUCCUCCUGCUCCGAACCCUGAAGACAUCAUCUACGACGGAGAAAACACCUCCUCCACUGCAGGAGAGGAGGAGAAAGAAGGAGCAGCAGAGGAGGAGGAGAGGGAGGAAGCAGGAAACGAUGAGGAGAAGCAGGAGGAGAAACAGGAGGAGAAGAAGGAGGAGAAGCAGGAGGAGAAACAGGAGGAGGAGCAGGAGGAGGAGGAGCAGGGCCUUCAGACUGAGGAGUAAUACAGUGAAUAUCUGCAAACCUUCCACAGAAGCCAAAACCUCCUGCAGUGAAUUGUGGGUUAAAGUUGCCUUCAUUUCUUGUUUUAAAUCUUUAUUAUUUUUUUAUUAUUUGUUAUUUUGCUGCUUUCUGUCUUAUUUAAUACUGUAAACAGAAUGUGUUCUGUUCUGUGGAAACAUUAAAGCUUCAACAUGUAUUCAAA